CACCGUAACUUAACUAGCCGUUACGUUUACAACAUUGCUUUGUUUUGUGUUAGCGCUCUCGAAAUCGUUGCUGCAGCGUAAUUUUUUCUUAAUUGUGUUUAUCUCUUUUGUAAUUUUCACAAUUUUCCAAAAGUUUUCGUAAAUAAAGUAGUUUUUAUCUAUCGCAAAGUCAUUUUAGAUAUCAAAAUGUCGACUUUUAAUUUUAACGCUAUCGGCAAUUCAUUAAUCGAAGCCAGUCAAAAAACGGAGGGUACCGGCGUCUCAUUUGCUGGAAGAUCACUGAAGCUCAAUACCGAAGAAGAUGCACAAGAAGUUAAUGAAGCUAUUGAAAAAUGCAAUGAUAUGGAAUAUUUAGAUCUCGAAGGAAACACAGUAGGACCAGAUGCAGCUAAGAGCAUUUCAAAAGCUAUUGAAAAAAAUGGAAGCAAAUUAAAGAGAGCUUUGUGGAAAGAUAUGUUUACUGGACGCAAUAAAGAUGAAAUUCCAGUUGCACUUGAACAUUUUGGGCGUGGAUUGUGUAUUGCCAAGACUCAGCUAGUAGAACUUGAUUUGAGUGAUAAUGCCUUUGGACCUAUUGGUGUCGAAGGUUUAGCUUCUUUAUUGAGUUCUAGUCCAUGUUAUACAUUGCAAGAAUUAAGGCUCAAUAAUAAUGGCCUUGGUAUACGUGGUGGACAAAUGGUUUCCAAAGCUUUGUUAGAUUGUUACACCAAUAGCUUGAGAGAUAGUUCAAAACCUUUUGGUCUAAAAGUAUUCAUUGCAGGUAGAAAUAGACUUGAAAAUGAAGGUGCCAUAGCUUUAUCAAAAGUUUUUGAAAAGCUAACUACAUUAGAGGAAGUAGUAAUGCCUCAAAAUGGUAUUUAUCACGUGGGUAUAUCAGCUCUUGCCAAAGGUUUAUCUUGGAAUCCAGGUCUUAGGAUACUCAAUCUCAAUGACAACACUGUUGGACCUAAAGGAGCUCAAGCACUUGCAGAUGUUUUACAAAAUUUUUCAUGUCUUGAAAAGCUCAACCUUGGAGAUUGUCUUUUAAAAACUAAAGGAGCUAUUGUACUAGCUGAUGCACUAGGUGUCCAAGGCAAUCAUCCUUUGCUAACAGAAUUGAAUUUGAGUUAUAAUGAAAUCAAAUUUCGUGCCGUCAGUUCCAUUGCUAGUGCAAUGUCUGACAAAAAUCAACUAACAAAUCUUUCUCUUGAUGGAAAUGCUUUUGGAGAAGAAGGUAAAGCCUUACUGAUCAAAACUCUAACGGAUUCAGAUAGAAUAGAUUCAUUGGGUACGUUAGAAGAAGAUGAAGUUGAUGAUGAAGGUGAAAGUGAAGGUGAAAGUGAAAAAGAAGAUGAAGAAUCUGAAAAUGAAUCUAAAAAAGAUGAGGAAGAUGAUGAAGUGCAUGAAGUCAAUACAAAUAAUGUGACAAAAAAAGCAAAUAAAGUUGUAACUAUACAAGAGUUUUUGAAAACCCCUUCUGGAGAGAACUUUCUUCAGCUGCAAGGAGAUAAAUUCCAAAUUUUUUCUGAAUACAUCAAAACCCAAUUUAGUAAUGAAGAUGAAGAUCCAACAGAUAAUAUAAUGAAAGUCAUUAUGAAAGUAUCUGCUCUUUGUGCAAGUGGUUAUAUGGAUGUUCGUCAGCCAGCUGAACAAAUUACUGAUCGACUUUACACUGAAGUAUUCUCAAAUGCUGUUAAACAAAAUCGAGUUCCGAGUUUAAACAACGCAUUACUAGUCAACUUAGGACUAAUAAAAGGAGAAAAUAAAAGUAUGAAAAUCGAUUGGAAUUUAGAGGGCUGUUUUAAGGCAUUGGAGAAGGUGUGUCAAAGGGAAUACUUUCUUCCACAAACGAAGGAUACACUUAAAGUGUUCAUUGAAAAACCAAUCAAGCCUAGCAGAACCAGGACGAUUGAUCCUUUCCAGGAAGCUAAGAGCUCUUUAAAAGAAGUAUUAGAUCGGAUUGAAAGCACGUAACAAUUAUUCCGAU